UAAUUCUCCCCCUCAUAAACCCUACUUUGCUGUUAAACCAACACACUGUCCUGUCCCGUCCCGCACUUCCCGAUAGCCACCAACUUCGCCCUCGACAACCAUCCAUGUCCGUCGCCACCGCCCACCACCUCCGCCCGUCGCCACCGGCGGCCCGCGACCGCCUCCCCGGGUGCGCCGCGCGCGCCUCCUCCUUCCGGCCCCUGCGCCGCCGCGGAGUCGCCGCGGGGGCGACCGCCGGCGGCGAGGCGACCGCCGCCGUGUCGGCGGUCAACACGAGCGCCAAGAGGGAUCCGGUGCGGCGCCACACGAUUUCGGUCUUCGUCGGGGACGAGAGCGGCAUGAUAAACAGGAUCGCCGGGGUCUUCGCCAGGAGAGGCUACAACAUCGAGUCGCUCGCCGUGGGGCUCAACAAGGACAAGGCGCUCUUCACAAUCGUCGUCUCCGGGACGGAUAGGGUGCUCAAGCAAGUCAUUGAGCAGCUCAAUAAGCUCGUCAACGUCUUGAAUGUUGAAGAUCUAUCCAAGGAGCCUCAGGUUGAACGAGAGCUCAUGCUUAUAAAACUCAAUGUUGAACCAGAUCAACGUGCUGACGUCAUGUUUGUAGCUAAUGUUUUCAGAGCGAAAGUUGUUGAUAUUUCUGAGAACAGCCUAACUCUGGAGGUAACUGGAGAUCCUGGGAAAAUCGUUGCGGCACAAAGGAACCUAAGGAAAUUUGGGAUCGAAGAAAUUUGUCGAACGGGAAAAAUUGCUUUGAGGCGUGAAAAGAUCGGAGCAGCUGCUCGUUUCUGGGGGUUUUCUGCUGCUUCUUACCCAGACCUUGUAGAAGCAUCGCGCAAAAAUCCUCUUACCUCUGUGAAUAAGACGGUUAAUGGCAGUUUUGAUCAAUCAUCCAGUGCCGGGGGUGAUGUUUAUCCUGUGGAACCUUAUGAGAGCUUGUCCAUGAACCAAGUACUUGAUGCCCAUUGGGGUGUUCUUGAUGAUGAAGAUUCAAACGGGCUUCGCUCACAUACUCUCUCCAUCCUUGUGAAUGAUUGUCCUGGUGUCCUCAACAUUAUAACAGGGGUCUUUGCUCGCAGGGGGUACAGUAUACAGAGCCUUGCUGUUGGCCCAGCUGAAAAGGAAGGCAUUUCACGUAUUACAACAGUUGUUCCUGGAACUGAUGAAUCCAUUGAGAAGUUAGUUCAGCAGCUUUACAAGCUUAUCGAUGUACAUAAGGUUGAUGAUUUGACUGACUUACCUUUUGCCGAAAGAGAACUGAUGGUUAUCAAAGUAUCUGGAAACACUGCUGCUCGGAGGGAGAUACUAGAUAUUGGUAAUAUCUUCCGGGCAGAAUGUGUGGAUCUUUCUGAUCACACAGUUACGCUACAGCUCACUGGGGAUCUUGACAAGAUGGUUGCACUACAAAGACUGUUGGAGCCUUAUGGCAUAUGUGAGGUUGCGAGAACAGGCCGGGCGGCACUAAUCCGUGAAUCCAGGGUGGACUCCAAGUACCUCCGCGGCUACUCUCUUCCACUGUAAUAAGAAGUCAUGUGCAACGACGACCCAAGAAGGGUCACUUGGUUUUGGUUGAGCUGAGCAGAAUGUGUAGGCAGCUCAGCUUUUCGUGCGGCUGUGGUCUUGUUUAGGAUGACUUGUUUCCUCUGUGGUAAUGUGUUGACUUGUCGAAUAAAUUGCUCUUGGUAGAUGCAAGUCGAGGUUUGCCCAUGUAUUGCACCGACAAGCAGAAUAAGUACAUGCCUCCUUUUCUUGCUUUGCUUGUAAUCUGUAACUGUCAGUUGGAACCAUCUGCUAAAAUGCACUCUUCAAGCGUUUGUGGUGUA